CUUUACUAAUUAUUAAUUGAGUCUUUCUUUCUACAAGUUUUGGUCCAUAUUCCCCAUCUAAGAGUCUCCUCUAAGCUUGUCGCUGUUCAUGCGAUCGUCAACUCCAGUUUCCUCGAUAAUUCGCAUACCUAACCAUCUCUCUCUACAAUUUCUUGGAUCGAAUUCGCUUCUCUCUCUAUCUGCAACGAGAAAUUGAUCUGCAAUCUUCAUGGCUUCUGUGGGCAACAAUAAUCUGAACGCUAAGCUCGUUCUUCUCGGGGAUAUGGGUGCAGGCAAAUCAAGCCUGGUCUUACGGUUCGUCAAAGGACAAUUCAUGGAAUUCCAGGAAUCGACAAUUGGGGCAGCGUUCUUCUCUCAAACUUUGGCUGUUAAUGAAACUACUGUAAAAUUUGAGAUAUGGGACACAGCUGGUCAGGAAAGGUAUCAUAGUUUGGCACCCAUGUAUUAUAGAGGAGCUGCUGCUGCCAUAAUUGUCUAUGAUAUCACUAACAUGGAUUCCUUUGCACGAGCAAAGAAAUGGGUGCAAGAACUUCAAAGACAAGGUAACCCAAGCAUGGUAAUGGCACUUGCUGGGAAUAAAGCUGAUCUAGAAGAGAAAAGAAAGGUUACACCAGAGGAAGCCAAAUCGUAUGCUGAGGAGAAUGGGCUUUUCUUCAUGGAAACCUCUGCUAAGACUGCUAUUAAUGUGAAUGACAUAUUUUAUGAAAUAGCAAAAAGGUUACCUCGAGCCCAGCCUGCACAGAAUCCAACAGGAAUGGUUCUUGUGGAUAGACCAGCAGAGCGUGCAAGAACUGCUGCCUGUUGUUCCUAGACGAUAGAACGGCUUGAGUUGAGAUGCUGAUUGAUGUCGAGCUCCUUUCACCUUUUGAAAAUGGCCGAUGGGAUUUGGCCCAAAUUUCUAUAGUGAAUGGUUUAUUCACCUCAACAAACACAUAGCUUCUUGCUUCUUCACUAUUUGCGGUUCUGAACUGUGUAAAUAAGACAUCUCUAUAUAUCUUCUGUCCUGUAGACAUGAUGCCACAACUUGGUGGCCGUUAUUAUAAUGUUACUCUGGGUCUCUCAACUGGCUUUAUAUGUUAUAUUUGUUCAUUUGGGCUCUUAAUGCAUUGCUUGUUGGCAUUGUUAA